ACUCAAAAAUGUUGUGAAAAAUAAAACCUCGUUUUCCAUCAACGUUAACAACUGCAACUGGCAUUGAAGAACCGAAAACCGUUCGAUACUCGUGUCCGCGUAACCAUGGCAACCAAUCAACAGUCUUUGCAUGUUGUGCUGAGAAGAGAAUGAAGUAAAAUAAUUUCGGGUUGUAACCUUAAACAGAUCAAUAAGUCGGGUAAUUCAAACGGAUCACGCGAUGCCUCAUACUCAGGAGCAAUCCCAAGGGGAUACGGCAAAGCAUGAUAGCACAGCUUCGAAGCCGGAUUCGGAGAAAAAAGACAGUACUGCAACAGCAGCAGAUGCAAAACCUGAUGCACCAAAACCCAAGAUUAUCAAAACUACUAAAAUAAUAAAGAGGGUACUGAAGAAAAAGCUUAAAAGCAAACGGAAGUCGUCUGAUGACAAGUCGGGUUCAGGCACUUCAAGUGUCACCUCAAGAAGUGAAAGUGUCCACGGCGAUGAAGACAAUGAAUCUGAAGGACUUGGAGGAGAGGUGGCGGCGACAGUACUGCAUAUAGACCGAGAUGAGUUCUUACAGGCACAUAGAGACUUAACCACCGAGAGGCAUCACGCACAAAUCCUAAAUAAUCUACUACAUCGAAGGCUGGGUGAAUAUUACAAGAAACGUAAGUGCGAGCAUGUUCUUAAGCCUUACGAGGGAGCUGUGGACUUGGAAGAGAAAUAUAGACAGAAGCUACUGGUUUACAAUGAUAUGAAGAUGAAAGCAGAAAGGGAGUUAGCAGAAAUCAAAUCAAGAGUCUCAGAAGUCGAAGAAAAGUAUGUCGCAAGACUAGACAAUGCUAAUUCAAAAUUUGAUGAACUGCAACAACUGGAGAGGCAGACCGGAUCUGGACUUAUUUAUUCUAGGAAAGGAAAACCGAUGACUGAUAAGACUGUAGAACGCUUUCUCACAUUACAAAGACGUAAAGCUGAGCAAGCAAACGCACUCUGCCUGCGACACAUUAGGGCAAGGAAUGCUGUGUCCGAACUCGAAGCAAUCGUAAAAAACCUGGAGACCUUAGGACCAGGCCUCUAUGUGUACCAAUAUGAACAACUUAAUAUUGAUAACCAGAAUUACAAUACUAAAAUCGAAGAACGUGAAGAUGAGCUUAUAAAACAUCGUGCAAAAUGCACAGAACAUAACCAGAUCUUAGCUCACAUUCGAGAGAAGAUGCAUCACACUGAUGAAGUGAUUGACUUUGCUGAGUGCGAUCUCGGAGAUGCCGAAAUGGAUUUCUUUGCAGCGAGAGAAGAACUGAGCAGCGUAAAGAGUCGGCGCAACAGACUGCGUUGGUCGCUUGAAGAUGAAAGAUUAAAAGCAGGACUUUUAACAAGAAAAGAUUUACUGCGAGACUUCCAAGCUUCAGUGGAUGAGGUACUUAAAUUGGAAAAGAAGAAGAAAUUUCUCGAAUCGCAAGUCGGCAAAACUGCAAGAAAUAUUCGAGAAGCUCGCAAGAGCUUCCAAGUCCAUACCCACCCCAAUGCGCAAAAGGACUCCACAAAAUCUGAGUCUGUUCAAAAGCUCAAUCAGAUGCCUUCGACUAGUAAAUGAGAUUUUUAUUUUUCGUCCAGCGAUUGAGGCUUGAUUUCUCCUGCUUUAUGGGCUUUACCAAUAUCGAUUUGUUCAGUUUUGUACUUGCUUCUAGUAACUUAUAUUCAAAGGUCUAUAGCUAAAAAUGGCUUAAACUCUGAGAUCAGAAAGCACACUAAAUAGAAUAGCCUGCACAGAUAGCCGAGUCAAAACGCAAUUUUUACUGUACACGACUAGCAGCGGGUUCGAGUCCUGCUUUAGACAAUCCACGCGUGGUUGAACGCUGGAUUUUUGUUGUUCUUGGGAAAUCUCUGUUUUGAAACCCCCUACGAAACAAUAAUUCAAUUCCUUAGUUACUUGAAAAGUUAAUAUUAGAGGAGUAAGGAAUUCGAAAAUGUGCUUCAGAUCUACUAAUGUCCUAUUUGUUAUAUAUGGGUAGCUAUCAUCAAAACCAUCAACUUUCUACGGCCUUACCUACUUUUUCUAAAAAUGCUUUUGAACAACUUCAAAGAAGAGGAGGUAUUCAAUUCGGUCGGGAUAUUUCAAAAGCACCCUUUUUCCUUAAAACGUCACUUAAUGACAUUGUUAAUCGUGUUUCAUUCUUAUUUGACUGUAUUUUUUAAAUAAAUAAUUUAUUUUUAUUCCAA